AUGCGAACAAAAGUAAAGAGGGUUUUACUAUUCACGGAAAAACUAGAGAGAUUUCAACAUAAGUUAUCUGAAUCUUAUGGCCAAGUCCUUGAUUUACCUCUACACAAGGAGCUGCAAGAGAAGGCAAUUCUUGCAAGUAGUUACUCACAAAAGAACUAUGGUGAAGCACGCAGAGUAAUAGACAGAGUUCUUAAGAUUGGAUUAAUAUCUGGAGGUAGCUUGGCUUUUGUGUUGUUCUUAGGGUUUGGGCAGCUAUCUUCCUUAUUUACCACAGAUUCACAAGUUCUAAAUAUUGCAAGAUCUAGCACUUUGUUUGUAGCUGCAUCUCAACCGAUGAAUGCUAUAGCAUUUGUUCUUGAUGGGCUAUACUAUGGAGUUUUGGAUUUUGGAUAUGCUUCAUAUUCCAUGAUGAAAUCUUCUUUUAAGCGUAAACUGUUGGUUGUAGGGUUUUCAUAUAUAGAGGUGGUUGAGAUUACAGAAGCACAAUCUUUUGGGUCUUUGUUUGGUAGCUUGGAAAAACUUUGUAGCACCUGAUCGUCCAUGCUACUCUUGGAGGUAUUUACUUUAUUAAAUGUUUAAAGUUACAGAACAUGAGUAUGGGCACAUCAUGGAACAUUUUAGGGCAGUUGUUGGUUUUCCUCUUGGUGAUCCAUCAAUGAAGUGGCCAACAUCAUGUAAUAACAUUUUAGGGGAAGAUGUAGGUAUAUGUUUUUUUUAAUGAAUAUUAAUGUAAUCAUAUGUAUGAAUAUAAAAUAAAGUUUGUUAUUUGAAUGACAAUAAAUUUUAUGCAAUGGAUUGU